UCCAUCUAUUUAAGAGAGCCACCCGGAGUCAAUUGAGCAGUUGUCCGAUGAUGCCAAUUAACUCAACCAAACUCAUGUGAUACAAAAAUGCAAAUCUCGGUGCACAAGAACCGAAUCUACCAAUACAUGGCCGCUCUCACAGGUACUUUGGGCAUCGUCUCCAGCGAGAUGCACUACGGCUGGCCCUCCCCCACACUCCCCAUCCUCCUCAACGGCACCGACAAACUCCAAAUGGACGAAACGGAAGGCUCCUGGCUCACGAUCAUGCCUCUGGUGGGCGCCAUCCUCGGAGCCAUCAUCACAGGCCUGGUGAUUGACAUCCUUGGCCGAAAACGCCUCAUUCUCCUGUCUUCAAUCCCGUUUUUCAUCUCCUGGAUUACCAUCGGCUUUGCGGAAACGUCGGUUUUGUUACACGUGGCGAGGUUUCUAGCUGGGUUAACCGAUGGGUUAUCCUUCACAGCGGUGCCCAUGUUCCUGGGGGAGAUUGCGGAACCCAGCAUUCGUGGGCUCUUAAGUUCCAUGUGUCCCGUAUCCAUCGUAAUCGGACUCCUUCUAAUCAAUAUUUUAGGGAGUUAUCUCACUAUUUCCACAACUGCGUUUGUUUCAUCAAUUAUUCCGGUGAUUCUUUUGGUUACGUUUGUGUGGAUCCCCGAAAGUCCCUACUUUUUGCUAAUGCGAGGUCGGUAUGACGAUGCCAGGUCAAGUCUCCAGAAAUUCCGGGGAAGUACCGAUGUUGAAACCGAACUAGAACGACUAGCCAAAGCUGUGAAGGAACAAAACGAAUCCACCGGAAAAUUUGUAGACUUGGUCACUUGUCCCAGUAACCGGAAGGCGGUUUUUAUCGCGUUGGGGCUCCGGAGUGUGCAACAAUUGACCGGAAUCACAGCUGUGACUUUCUACUGCAAGCGAGUGUUUGAGAAAAGUAGCAACUUUAUCGCCCCUGAAGUCGCAACUAUUAUUUAUUUCACCGUUCAGUUGGUUUUGUCGGCAAUUUCGUGCCUUAUGGUGGAUAUUUCAGGCCGAAGGCCUCUCCUAAUUAUCUCACUAGCAGGCACAGCAGUGACGCUCCUAAUCAACGGUACUUAUCUCUACAUCAAGAACUGCACUGAAGUCGAUACCAAAGACUUUGAUUUCGUUCUUUUGGCAACUCUUUUGUGCUUUAUUGUAAUUUUUAGCUUGGGCUUGCAAACUAUUCCGUUACUUAUCAUGUCGGAGAUGUUUCCGACCAAUGUUAAGGCUUUCGCCCUGUGCCUGGCUGAUGUUUAUUUCAGUGUGAUUGCAAGUGUGAUUUCUAAGUUUUUCCACGGGACGAGUAACGCGUUCGGAAUGCAUGUGCCGUUUUAUACUUUUACGGUUUGUUGUGUCUUUGGGUUGGUUUUUAUCGUACUGUGGGUUCCCGAGACUAAAGGGCGAACCCUUGAAGAUAUCCAGCGGUUUCUCAAGGGGGAGAUUAAAAUGUAGGCUAAAGUGUGUCAAGUACAAAUUGAUCGAAUAAAAUUUUCUACAA